AUGUCAUGGCUUGCGGGGUAUGGUAAGAGCGACCACGAUGAUUACGACAACCUGGGUGUGGAUUGGGUUCUGCAAUAUGAGUUCGGCGACAUCGAUCAAGAGCAAGCUAUUACAGAGUUUCGAAUGCUCAUUAGCGACUUGAAGGAAGCCGGUCUUCGGGUCCAAGUGCGGCAUGGACACAGUGCAGCACUCUUGGUCUGCAUCCGAGUUCCGCGAGAUCACCUAGGGAAUUUGGUACAUCAGUCCAGAAUAAAGGAUUGGUUGUUCGGAAUUACCCAUACUUUACCGGAGGGCGAUGAAACUACUAUCGCCGAUGCCGAGUCACCAUCCGAAGAGAUCCGAUCAGUCUACCAUGCUGUUACAUGGCAAAAGAAGUUAGGCGGCGCAGGAAUCACACCGGGGUUCGGGAAAUGGAAGAAUGUGACCGCCUCUUUUCCCUUACAUGACCAGGAGGCCUGUUCCCGGAUGCUACGUCAAUGGAAUCGGAAGACUAUAUUGACUGCCAAAGAUCUCGAUGAAAUUCGAGCACUUUUCGGAGAGAAGGUUGCUUUCUACUACGCCUUUAUUCAUUCGUAUUCGCUAUUCCUCACGGUGCCUGCUGGCUUGGGCAUUCUCGGAUGGCUAUAUCUAGGUCCGUAUUCGAUCACAUAUGGAGCCGUACUAUGCACGUCGUGUAUUGUGUUCGUCGAGUACUGGAAGAUUCGGGAGGCCGAUUUAAGUCAGCGUUGGGACGUCAAGGGUGUUGGGCGGUUGAAAGUGAAUCGCAAGCAGUAUGUAUGGGAGAAAGAGGUCAAAGACCCAAUCAGCGGUGAGGUGCGGCAUAUUUUCCCUGGUUGGAAGCAGUUCUCACGGCAGAUGCUCUUGCUUCCCUUCGCAUCUGUCGCGAGCGUCGCGCUCGGAGCUCUGAUUGUUGCAUCUUUCGCAUCAGAGGUGUUCAUAUCCGAGGUGUACGAUGGCCCAUUCAAGGGGUACCUUGAGUUCGUACCGACUGUCCUCUUUUCGCUAUCUUUGCCCGCCAUUACCUCAUUCCUCACGAGGAUUGCAACUCGCCUGACCGACUACGAGAACUACCGAACUCAAGAUCAAUAUGAUCUCGCUCAGACUCAGAAGACCUUUGUCAUGAACUCUAUCACCUCCUUUCUCCCUACAAUGUUGACUGCAUUUGUGUACGUUCCAUUUGGUAGACAAAUUGUCCCAUACUUGCACAUCUUCCAGGCCCUAGGGCAGAAGACCAACCUCGCCGUCCACACCAAGGAGUUUGAGGUUGAUGUCGCACGCUUCCAGCAGGAAGUGAUCUACCUCUCAAUGACGGCGCAAGUACUCAGUUUCGGCGAGGAGGUUAUUUUGCCAUAUGUGAAGCAUGUCUUGCGACAGAAAUGGCAGAACUAUCAGAAACGCAAGGCAGGAAUGGAUCACAGGCGGACGACUUCCGUGGCCACGGAUCUGUUCCUGAUUGACCCGCCCGAGGAGGUGGCUUUUAUGACAAGACUGCGUAGCGAGGCUGGUGCAGAGGAAUACCAUGUCGAGGAUGACACCAUGGAGAUGUGUGUUCAGUUCGGCUAUCUGGCACUAUUUGGAGUUGCCUGGCCGCUCGUCCCGCUAGGUUUCCUACUGAACAACUGGCUUGAGUUGCGGGGUGACUUCUUCAAACUCACGCUGGAAUGCCAGCGACCACCACCGAUUCGGUCCGAUUCCAUUGGACCUUGUCUCCUGGGUUUGGACUUCUUGGCUUGGCUGGGAACCUUAUCUACAGCCGCCGUCGUGCACAUUUACCGGGGGCCCAUCGCCGAGGUAAGGCUCUCUUCCUUGCUAUUGACGGUGUUUAUUGCCGAGCAGGUCUACCUAGGCAUGCGAUUUACCGCCUCGGUGGCUUUGGAGAAGAUCUACUCAGACACUAUUCGGAGGGAAGAGGCUCGUCGGUACGCUGUGCGGAGAAAUUAUCUGGCUGCGAGCUUGGCGAGAAACUCUUCCCCGAAAUCCUGCUCCCAGGGCUCGCCUAAUGGACGGACCCGUCACCGAGUGCGGUUCAACGAACGAGUCAACGUCUACAGCGCGACUGAAAAUGAAGAAACUUAUGAAGGUACUCCUUCUCCAACCAGGGAGCAACCGGAGGAUGAUGUGCUCCGGGGUUCCGACCGUGAGGCUCAGUUCUGGGGGGCACAUUCGGGCGAUAUGGCGGAGGCCGGCGUCAAGCUAAUUCGAGCAUUGAGCACACCCGAACCAGGGAAUGUAUCUUACAAAGAAGCAUGA